AUGAACCAGUUCCUUUUUUCGUGUGGAAAUCCCUCCGGACCAUCACUACCACUGCUGAGGUAUUUCAGUUGCCGUGUGUUGGAAUUGCACCAGACGCUGUGCGAUGAUGAGCUUCACAAAAGAAGGGGGCCAGCGAUCCCCCUCUUGGCGCUAGACUGUAAAACAGCAGCAGGCAGGCAGGCCGUUUUCGGCCUGCCUGUGCUUCUUCACAUCGAACUACAAGUGUCAAUCGGCACAAUUGUGUGGCUACCUCACGCCGAGUCAAGGCCAAUUUAUGGUCCGAAGGGCGGGCGGCCGGAGCGCGCGGCGUUCAGUCGCAUCUCACGCGCCUCGCUCACGCCACUUGCGAUGUCGGCCAACAGUUUCGCGCCUCUGCGCGCAUGCUCCCUGCUCCUGUGUCUUGUGGCAGCUAGUUGGCAACUAUCAAUAAGAGAAUUUGUAGUACCCAAGGCGAUUGAAUUGGGGAGCGAUGCUGAAUUACGGUGUGGGUACGAGUUAGAUGCGAACGAGACAGAUGCUUCGCUGUUUGUCAAGUGGUGGUGGACACCAGAGUCUUCGUCGAGUGAUGGAAGAAAACCUAUCUAUCAGAGAAUAUCGGGACAGAAAGCGCAAACCAUUCAUAACAGUAAUUCUAGUAAAAUAGAUAUAAGAGACAACGACACUAUUAUACUGAUAGAUGUUACUCCUGUAGAUUCUGGGACGUAUGAAUGCGAAGUGUUUAAUAACAACGAAGUACUACAACACCAAAAAUUAGUUGUAUUCCACUCGGGAACGGGACCUAUGGUUAAUGUUUCUGAGGUAGACGACGAUACAGAAGACAAUAACAACAAGAAGCUCCUACUAAUAGAGUGCCAUGCAGAAAAUGUAGCACCGAAACCAGACCUAAGUGUCAAUAUUAACGGGCAGGAUAUCAACAUGACCACUAUUAUUGAAGAUGAUGACCACAAUGGCUUCUACUCAGUAUAUGCUAAUACGACUAUCAGCAACGAAGACAUAGAUGAGGCUGAAGUCCGUUGUGAGAUCUUUUACUCAGAUCCUAAUAUCGUACAUCCCGCGUACGUAGAUGUCACGACGUUUGUACCCACAGGCAGGGACACGCAGUCCACCACAGAGAUGCCCGAAGAAACGACACAGCCGGAAGCUACGCCAGAGUCUUUGCAAAGUCCCAGGGACGACGGCGUAAGACUACACAGCUCAUGGAUUCUUCUUACCCUAGCAUCCAGCCUCGUGUAUCUACAAACUAUACUUUAA